CGAAGUGACCCUUUAACAUUACCUCCGACCUUACAAACCAGUCUUCUUCACUUGUUCGAAAGAAAAACUUUAACUUUCUUAGACGAAGUUUCAUCUUCCGACAUCAUUAUCGAUUCGACUUGAAUACAAAGAGGAUCCCUUUGCCGCUUAUUCGAAAAAGAAUGAAUUUGGCGGUGACUACUGGUGUUUUGUUCUUGGUUAUAAUUUCUUUUGCCUCACCUGGUGCUUCUCAGCGUCAGUGCACAUCAGGCACUUCCAAUUUGUACUAUGCGCACGAACGUAACUGCGACAUGUACUACAAAUGCGAAAAUGGUACUCUGAGGGAGGGCAUCUGUCCGGAUGGCCUGGUGUUCGAUGACAGGCAGGGUUCGGACGUCUUGCGAUGCGACCUACCCUUCGAAAUUGAUUGCAGCUACAGGUCCGCCUUACAGCCUCCCGUAUCAACGGAGCAUUGUCCCCGAUUGUAUGGUCUUUACUCACACGAAACAGACUGCAGCCGUUUCUGGCAAUGCGUUGAGGGACACGCAUUCUCAUUUUAUUGUCCAGAGGGACUAGCUUAUAACGAAUACAGCGCUCACUGUGACUGGCCAGAUCAAGUGGAAAACUGUGACUCUGAGUCUCUGCUUCGUUUCCAAUGCCCACAGCCAACAGAGAGAGAUUUACAGGAAUUCGAAGAUCCUCGAUAUCCUUAUGCUGGUGAUUGCAGGAAAUUCUACAUUUGCAUUCUGACUCCUGAUGGAUCAAGGGCUCCCCGAUUGCUAGCUUGUGAUCCGGGGCUUGUAUUCAAUCCAAAAACUGGAUCCUGCGAUGAUGCAGAGAGUGUCUCAGGAUGUCAAGGAUACUACAAUAACUUGGAUGCUAGAAGACUUCGUGAGUUGUUUGGAAGGUAAAUAAGAAACUGAAAAACGAAAAGAACUUAAACAGUUUGAAUUGAUUAUUAGAUGCACUUAAAUCAAGCAAUAUUUUAAUUGUGAAGAAAGUAUAAUGUUUCUUUUUUAACAGUAUAAUGUUCUUUAAAACAAGGAUAUAUUUUACCUUAAUUACUGUUCUGGAAGGAAUAAUUUAAGGAAAAAUAUAUGCUUUAAGAGGAAAAACUGAAGACUUCAAAUUACUUCUCAGAAUCAAAAGCGAAGUUUAAAUUGACUAAAAAUAAAGCGAAUUCCUUAUCUUUUAAUCCUUCGAGGCAGAAAUUUUGUUUGAAAUAUUUUUCAUACUUUUUUCUUUAUUUUGUAGGAAUAUAUAUAUAUUAAAAAUGCAAUUUAAAAUUCGUAGGUUUUAAAAACUUAUAAAAUAUUUUUUUUAAAAAAGAAUUUAAUAAGCUUUUUAGAUCAACUAUAAUCGUUUCUCGUAAGGAAAAGCUUGGUAGAAAAUUUAAAGCGAAAUUUCAGUAACUUUAGGUAAACCAGGUAUCUGUUUACCAUCAAGUAUCUAUUUUGUAUGUAAAAACCUUCUUUUGAAAAACAUGUCAGAAUUAUUUAAUUGUAUAUACAGUGUAUACCGUCCCUUCUAAACCAAUGUUAGUUACCAAUGUUUACCAGUUAAAAAAAUUUUUAGAAUCCUUAUCAGAAAAUGAAAACAAAAAAGUAUAUACAUUAGGUGUCGUAUAAGAUUUAAAUCCGGAAAAAAAACAUUCGAAAUAUGACAAAUCGCAGUACAGGAAUGCGCAUGUAAUAAACUACAUAACAAGCUUGAUUGCGGUAGAAAAUAAAGAGGAGUUGCCAGACAAUCAUUAGGAACACCUUCAAGUUUUUACCUCCAAUCAAAUCUGAUUAUGUUGAUUACAUCCGCUCUUCUGCCAUGCGAUUUAUCAGAUUUUGAUAGCGUUUUUAUUUUUUUCUUGCUUACGUAUAAACAUUCGAACCCCAGGUUCGAACUUUUUUGUUUUCAUUUUUGAUAAGGAUUCAAAAAUUGUAAUAAAGACGGUCUUUAAAUAAUACCCUGUUAUUCAAUCAACUGUAAUAUAUCUUCAUACUGGAAAAUUUGAGAAUUUUCAGAAUGUCGCUCAGCCUAUUAUUCCACUACGAAAACAAAAGAAAUUACAAAAA